AUGGACGUCUCUCUCCUAUACGACACCGUUACAGUCGCCACCACCGCACAGGGCCUAGGGUUCGCCAAGUUCCUAAUUCGUCACCAUGACCUCACCUCCAACAACCAAAUCUCAAUCACCGACUCUCAUCCAGAUCAAUCCUCGCCGUCCAAUGGAGUCCCCCAGAUCUCCGCCGUUAUUUUUCCCGUCGACGCUGUCGCUCCGCCGCGUGUCAGGCCCAAUUCUCACAAAACCGCCACCCGAACCCUCCUUCGCAAAAAACGCCGCACCAGACGGAGAUCGUCGAGCGGCGACGAUUUGAACGACGGCGGAGAAGAGGAUGGUGGGUUUUUCGGCGGAGACGGUCCGUUUUUCAACGGAGGCUGGGGCGGAAGCGGAGGUGGUGGCGGGGGUUGGAAUUUCGAUAGAUUUGGAGGGCAUAAUUGGGAUGAGUCGUCGUCUUCUUCGCCGUCGGAUCCUGCGUUUGAUUUCGUGUACGAGGUGAUGUGUUGGAUUGCGCUUUCGAAUUGCGUGCACUUCGCCUUCAAGAGGGUUAUUCGUAUCGUGGCGGACGGGUUGGGCGAUGCGGAGAGAGCGAAGGUGCCGAUGAGAUUGACUUCGGUCUGCUGA